UCAGCUGGUCACAUGGUUUGAAGAUGGCAGACAGCACAACAUGGCAAUAACUUAAGCGUGUAUAUUUAUUUUUCUCUUGUAAAAGGAAAAUCCCACUAAAAAGCAUGCUGAAAUCUGUUUUCCUAGCAUUUGGAAUUGUGUCUGGACUUUCGACAUCGACAAUAUUUACGCCAUUAUGGUUGGAUUCAAUGAGCGACAGCUCCAAAAUGACAGUUAACAAUAGCGGGAAUUCAUCAUCAAAUGCCAUCGACAAUUACGCCGUCAUCUUCUUUGUUAGCAUCAUAAAUUUACUGCUAUCAUCUGUGAUAAUGAUAACCAUAUUACUCAUAAGGAAAUUUCUGAAAAUCUGGCAUACCAAAGUGAACUGUAGCAAAGGGAACAUGUUUUACGUUGGACUGGCAGAUGCCGUGUCAACUAUAUUUCUGGUGUAUGCAGCCAACGGGUCACGCACUGCUCCAUAUCUACAAGCCAUUGCUACUAAUUUCGCUAUACCAGUGACUUUCUUGACAAGAUUUGUCAUUCUCCACAAGAAACCAUCCCUUCGGAAAACAAUCUCAGCUAUUAUGGUGUUCUGUGCAGAACUUGUUGCACUGAUACCAGAUAUUUUUCCAAAACUAGAGAAUGACUCAUCAAAAAGUGAUGAUGGUGGAGCUUCUGGAAUAGCAGGGAUUCUAUGGCCUCUCUGCUACUUUGCUGGGUUUAUUCCACAAGCUAUUGUCAAUGUUGUGUUUGAAAAAUCGGCCAAAGACCUCACCUCAAACAACCAUCCUACAAUGGAGACAAUACAUAUGAUGUUCUGGUCCUACUUGUUUUGUUUCUUAUCGCUGUUGGCACUCUUCUGGACUGAUCUCAUUCCCGGGUUUGGUGAUGCUUCCACUAUCAAAAUGUUCUGGGAAAAACUGAGCUUUGAUUUUGAAUGUUUUCUGGGUGCUGCAGACUGCCCCUCCCUCACAAUUUUGUAUUCAGGGAUAACAAUCCUAGCCAUGUUGCUUACUCGCCUCUUUGUUGUUGUGUUCUUGCAUUUCUCAGAAGGAGCCAAUUUUCUCAUUAUCAUAAUGAGCCUCCAGACCCCUGUGGUCGUACUGUUUUGGACACUAUUUAAUGAACAUCCAUUUCACUGGAAUCCAAAUGUUCAUUUAUCCACCUGGCUCAGUAUUACAGCAAUAUGUAUCAUGCUGCCAUCUAUCUACUGUUACAACAGAAGCUCUACAGAGACCACAGACAAGAAUGAGAGGGCUGACCACCAGUCAGAGGAGGCCAGGCGACUUUUAGUUUGUUCCACGGAUAGUUAUCAGUCUAUUGACGCUCUCUCCACAGUGGUUAUUAACAGUGACACCAUGACUAGUCACCACAAUCCUCUCGGAAUCCACCGACCAUACUCUCCACAGUUCGCAAGUUCACUCAAUACAGAGGGAUCGGAUGUGGAAUGGUCAUUUUCUUGAAUUGGGAACGAUUGUAACUGGUGUCCGAACAAUAUGUCGAUCCUUACCAAGAAAGCCACAAAAAAUGAAUGAUUUCACAGUAUUUUAAAAAAAACCAUUUCUGUACUCAUUAAAUUUCAACAUUCAUUAAUUUUGUGCCAAAGUAAUAUAUAUUAUGGUGAAAAUAAAUAUUUUAUUUUA